AUGGGAAAUAAGCUCACGUGCGGAGAAAUAAGGAACGAUGGCGUGAGAGGAUUAAAAAAUGCAUAUAAUUUAGAAUUGAAUAAGUCUAAUAUUUGUGUAGAAAAUAGUACAACGUGUGAGAAUAGUUAUGAUGAAGAGAAUUAUUUUUAUCGUUACGAAGAUGUAAGCUAUGUAGAAGAAGGAGAAGAAAGAAAAAGAGAAUAUAGUGAAGAUGAAAUAAAAGAAGAAGUUAAAAUUGUUGUUGAUAAUAAUAAUAAUAAUAUUUAUAAUUACCAUAAUGAGAUUAAGGAUAAAAAUAAAUUAAUGAAAAAAAGAGAGAAUCAAUAUAUCGAUAAAAAGUAUAUGAUAAAUGUUAAAAGAAUAUUAAUGUACAUUAAAGAAUAUGAGGAAGAUUUUUUAUGCUUCUUCAAAAAAAAUAAUGCAACAAGUAUCAUAUAUUUAAAAUACAUUGUAUUAAACUAUAAGACAUAUAUUAUGAUAAUCGAGAAGGGUGUUAUAUAUAUAGGAGAACUAAAUGAAAAAAAUGAGAAAAAUGGUUUAGGUAUAAUAAUAACACCAGAUCAAUGUAUCUACAUAGGUGAAUUUGAAGAAGAUAAAAUAACAGGAUUUGGAUUAUAUAUACAUUAUUCCAAAAGUAAAUAUAUAGGUUAUUGGAGAAGAGGAAAAGCAAAUCGAUAUGGUAUAUUUAUACAUCCUGAUGGAACAUUUUAUAAAGGGUUUUGGUUAAAUGAUAAACAAAAUAAGAACGGUAUUGAAUAUGUAUAUAAUAAUUAUGUAUAUAUAGGUAAUUAUUGUAAAGGAGAAAAAAAUGAGUUCGGUAUUUUUGUAUGGAAUAAUGAAUGUAUGUAUAUGGGCAAUAUAAAAAAUAAUUAUUUUUUUAAUAGAGGUAUCUAUUUUUUUAAUAAAUAUAAAAUCUAUAUAGGUAAAUGGAAAUCAAACUGUGUAGAUGGUAAAUGUGAAAUAAUUUGGAAAGAUAAUAGACAAUUUUUUGGAUAUCAUUUGAAUAAUUUAAAACAAGGAUUAGGUAUAUAUAAAUGGGAUGAUGGAAGAAUUUAUUUUGGUAACUGGUUAAAUAAUAAACAACAUGGUUCUGGUAUUUUUAUUAUAAUUAAAAACUUUAAAGAAUAUGAACAUUAUAUACAAUAUCCUAUUUUGCUUUUAUUUAAAAAUACAGAAAAAAUCAAAAAAAAUUUUCUUCUUAAUCUUUCAAAAGAAAAUAUAUUUCAUAAAGGAAAUAUUGGUAAAUAUUUUCAUAACCUUCUAAAUAAUUAUGAUAAUUAUAAUUUUUAUAAUUUCUUGUUUAAUUUGUUAUAUAUUAAUUUUUAUGAUCUAUGUUCUACAUUCUUUGAUUAUAUAAAGAAAAAAAACAUAAUUCAUUUUAAAACUAAUCACAAUUUUUAUAAUAUAAUUAAAGAUCAUAUAUGUCUAAUAACAGAUCAUUAUUUCAAUAAUAAAGUUAGUAAUAACAAAAUCGCACAAGCGGAUUCUUCUUUUUCUUUUCUCCUCACAGAUGCACAUGAUACAGAAAAGAAUAGAGAUCAAAGGUAUAUUAAUCAUAAUAAUUAUAAUAAUCAUAAUAAUUAUAAUAAUCAUAAUAAUCAUAAUAAUUAUAAUAUUCAUAAUAAUCAUAGUAAUAAUCAUAAUAAUCAUAGUAAUAAUCAUAAUAAUCAUAGUAAUAAUCAUAAUAAUCAUAGUAAUAAUCAUAAUAAUCAUAAUAAUCAUAUGGAUGAUUAUCAAAAAUAUCCCUCUCCGAAUAAUACAAACAUGAAAAACAACGAAAAUGAAAUGUUGAUUCAUAGUACUAAUAAUCAAAAGAAUAAUACAUUAUAUAAUCAAACGACAGGUUGUGAUAAUGAAAAAAUAAUCGCUGAUAAACAAAAAUAUGAAAAUAAUAAAAUUUUGAAAGGCUAUGAAAAUUAUCAAGGCCCAGAGCAUCACAAAAUAAGUAGCCCUACUCAUCAGCAAAUAAAUAGGACGUCUAAUGUAUUACCGUUCCAAGAUAUACAACGUUUAAUACUUUAUAUAAAUUCAAUAAAUUUAAAUGAUAUGAGUGAAAAGGACAUAAAUAAGCAUAAUCCCAUAUUUUCCUAUGCUUCUAAAAAUAUUCUUUUGAAAUAUGGUAAAUGGAAAAAUGGGAAGCUCAAAAAAUGGCUGUAUGCUAGUGAUGAUAGUAUAAGUGUUGUUAAUAGGGAUACCAUAAAUAAUGAUACAAAUGUUUUAUCAUACAACGGAAAAAAUAAAGGCGGCAGAAUUAAACAUUUUUUAAAGAAUAAGACGGAAGGUAAUAGUAACAACCAUAUGGAUAAUAAAAACAAUAUGGAUAAUAAAAAAAAUAUGGAUAAUAAAAACAAUAUGGAUAAUAACAACAAUAUGGAUAAUAAAAAAUAUAUGGAUAAUAACAACAAUAUGGAUAAUAAAAAAAAUAUGAAUAAUAAAAACAAUAUGGAUAAUAAAAACAAUAUGAAUAAUAAAAACAAUAUGGAUAAUAAAAAAAAUAUGAAUACUAACCACAAAGUUAACAGUAAUAAUAAUAGUAAUAUUAGUAGUAAUAUUAGUAGCAAUAUUAGUAGCAAUAUUAGUAACAAUAUUAGUAGCAAUAUUAGUAACAAUAUUAGUAGCAAUAUUAGUAGUAAUAUUAGUAGGAAGCAUAACAGUUACUCUUUCUCAUCCCUUUCGUCAUCUUCCACUAAGAGCCUAUACAAUACAAUGAAAAAAAAAAAAAAAAAAAAAAAAUACAUUAAUGAAAGAAUAUAUGACUCAGCACAUGAAAUUCAAAAGGACCUCAAAAGUAAAGGGCUAAUUCCACAGAAUGAUAAUAAUAAAUAUAUUUAUCAUAAUAAGGAAAAAAAAAAAGAUAUAUCAUAUGAUAAUGAUCACUAUUGUUAUCAUAGUGAUGAAGAUGAUAAUAUAUAUUUGCAUGAUGAAGAAAAAAAAAAUAUUCAUGUACCUCAUGAUAUAAAAAAUAUACAAAAUGACAAUGUGGAAAAAUUUAUAAAACCUCAAGGAAUAAAUCAUAAAUUCAGUAAUGAUUAUAAUUUCAAACAACACCAUUUAUCCUUUAUCCAUAAUAUAAAAGAAUACAAUGAUAUGCAACUACAUGAAAACCGAAAUACAAAAAAAAAUAUAAAAAAAAAUGAGAAAAAAAAAAAUAAAUUAAACAAUAAGUUGAUGUAUUAUAAAUAUUCAUAUAUUACAACUAGUACGAGUGAUCAUAUUUCAACCAAAUCACCUAAUUCGAUAUCUUCUUUGAAUACUAAUGUGAAUAGUAGUAUACAAUCCUUAGAAGAUAAAAGAAAAGAUAAAACGCACAAGAAUACUAGGAAUUAUCUAAACGAUAAACGUGUUGCCACAGAUAUUUCUUAUAAGCAUAUACAAAAAGAAAAUAAAGAAGAGACUGAAAUAACGUAUGUUAAUAAUAUCAUGAAAGAAAAUGAAAAACACCAAAAUGAUGAUGAAGAUAUAAAGAAUGUAGAAAAAAUAAACAGAGUGAAAAAUAUAAAUACGAAAGAAAAUAUAAACCAAAUUAAUAAGAACGAAAAAAUGAUUUCUUGUGCAAAAACUGGUGAUAACAAUAUGACAUAUGUUAACUUGGAUGAUAUGAAAAAAAAAAAUAAACAAAAUAUGAUAAUAAAAAAAAAAGGAAUUAUAAGACAAAAUAAAAUGAAUAGAAAGGAAACAAUCUCAAAUGAAAGUCUUAUGAAUCAAAUGGAGACAGAUAAAAAAAAUUUAACAAAUACAAGAAAUACAAAAAAUUCUACCUUGCCAUAUAAAUACAAAAAUUAUGAUUUACCAAAAAAGGGUUUCUCAUUAAUCUGGAGUCUUAAAAAAAGUAGGAGAAAUUCACCUUUAUCCACGAAAGAAAAAAUUAUGUAUCAAAAUGAUGAUCAAAGUUGUGACGAUCAUUAUGAUAAAAAAUAUGUUCAAAAUAAUGAAAUAACAGAUAAUCAACAAAAAAAAAAAUCCUUUUUUAGAAACUUUCUAAGUGUUAACAAAAAUAAAAAAAAAAAUACGCACUAA